AGUGGGAUCUAUAACCACAAGGUCACUUGUGGUCCGUCCUUGUUAGUAGUAUGGCGCUGCGAAUUUUCGUUGUGGUUAAAUUUAUUUAUGUACUUUAGAGUGCUUUAAAUACCGUUUUUUGUGGCAUCCUUUUUCCAGCAGAAUUUGAUUUCGAGAUAAGAAAAGCUAUCUACUAGCAUCAUUUUGUAUUCUUCCUUCCCUCCACAACUUCCAUAUGUCGAUAGUUUCUGAACAUCUGGCAUCAUCUAAUGAGUAUUUACUGCACAUAGUCCUGAAACUCGGACUACUGUCAUACAAGACGUAGAUGUACACUCCAGAAGUUUUAGUAUCCUAAUCUCCCUGUUUAGCGGAAAUUACAUAAAAAUUCCGAAGUUUCUCUAGAUCUGAGAAAGUCCCCAAACUUUUGGAAAACCACUAAACUUUGAGGAGGAGCAUUGGACUUUGUGGAAAACCCCCAAGUCCACCCAAAAUAGGGAGAUUGAGGUAUGUUACAGGAUUUUCUACCAUAAAAUCGUCUAGCAUAUUGGAUUAAGAUUGUUUCAAAGCCAUUUACACGUGAGUAUUGUCGCACAGGUAGUAAAGUUUAGACCCUUAUUUCUCCAAUAAUUGCUCACGGGAGUUUUCUGCGAGUCUAACACUCAUCUCAGGUUUUUUAAGCAAUAUGAAAUACUCUAAGGGGAACUAAAGUAAUACUCCGAUAUCUGGAGCUAAUCUUCAAUUUUUUUAUCACUUGAAGCACUCCAUUAAGACAGGCUUUUAUUGAUUCCUCAAUAUCCACUGUUUAAAUAUUCUGGUGUGCUGCAACUAGCAGCAACUACUCUGUCACAUUUUCACAAUAUUGGAUACCAAAAAAGACUAAUUGUUAACCAUUUAACAGUUAGUUUAGUUUUUGACUGGCGUUCCACCUAGGACACGUAAAUGGAUAGAUUCAGUGAGUCUUUAGGCCAAUAUAUUUUGCUUUCUAAUUGCCUGUUUUCUGUGUUUCGUUAUAUUUUAACUCUUCUAAAAACUGCAAUCGUUUUAAAUACAAAUAUUUGUUAUAAAAAUUGGACCUUAUUACAAGUUUGCUCAUCGUAUUUGUGGUUUCUUUUGUGAAGGAGGAACGAUGCACAGUUCUGCUUUCAGCCAUACUGAACCUAUGACUCUAGGUUCUCCUCCAGUAAACUCGAUUGGGACAGGGUCAAGUACUUCACCAAGCACUUGCCAAUAUCUUCCAGGAUUUUUAAUGAGUGAAAAUCCACAGGUCUUAGAGACGGUAUCGACAAGCUCAGAAUCUAAAGUUUCACGCCAAAAUGCAUUUUCACUUUCUGGGAAUUCGCACAAUAUACCAGCUUCACAGUAUAACAACAAACUGCAACCACGCUAUUUAAGUCAAGCUCAUGAUUCAAUUGGACGUCGUUUAACAUCACCUCCUACACGAAGUAUGUGGUCAACUGUUGGUGGUGCUGGUGUCCGUUCAAAGCCCAGCGCAGACAAUUUCGGUGGAAUAAAACACAGUACACCAAAUUAUACUCUUGGUUCAUCGACCAAUCCUCCUGUAAAACAAAUAGGUGUUAGUCCUUUCCAGUCGCCGGGUGAUUCUAGUUAUCAUCGAACACCUUUGCAUAAUGUUGUAAAUAAUCGCCCACCUUUAGUUGGGUCACCACUCCAUAAUAACAGUAUUCUUGCAAAUAUAAACGAUGGGAAUAAGAAGCAAGAUGUUAUUAGUACACCGGAUCGUUUAGCGGAGGCUUUGCUUUCACAUCGAAGUUCCAACGACUUUGAUAAUGCGAAUCCACAUGAUUGUUGGGUAACUGUUUUCGGGUUCCCUCCAUCACGAGCUGCAUUUAUUCUUAACCAGUUCGCUCAACUGGGUACAAUAGAAAAACAUGUGAUUACAAACAGUGGUAAUUGGAUGCAUAUUAAAUAUCAAAAUAAAAUGCAAGCUCAUUGUGCUUUAAAUAAAAAUGGUAAAGUAUUCGGGGAUAAUACCAUGGUCGGUGUAUCAGUCUGUAAUGAUUCGGAAGUUAUGAAUGAUGAAAAGUGUGGCCUGUUUUCAAAGCAAACAAACCCAUGUAGCAUGAAUGAUUCCUUAUUCCUUAGUCCAUCGAAUGUUCAUCAUAAUCCAAUGAAUAUGAAACGUACUACUGAUGAAAACUGUAAAACAACAACCGGUGCAAUGAAUAAAACACCAUUACGCGACUUAAGCGGACUAAGGUCGUUGAAUGGUGUCGGCGGCGUUGGUAAUGGUGCAACUAACUCUGGCAUUGAUUCUGCUAAUAUUUUUGCAGACAAAUCAGCAAAUAAUAUUGGAAGACAUAAUUCUAUGCGAUCAUUAGCUGCAUCGACACGACCAACAAAUUUAUCACGAACUACUAGUGUUCGACAGGAUAGAGAUUCAGGAUUAUUUUCUAAAGCAUUAGGUUAUAUGUUUGGCUGGUCAUAGAAACAAAAAAACCCACUUGACAUAUCGAUAUUCCUAUUCAAUAGACUGAUUUGUUUAAAUGUAUCAUUUAUUGUCGUUGGUCCAUGUCUCAAUAUUACAUACAAUCAGUUUCUUCUUCUUUUUUUUUAAAAAAUAAACAGUUAUUGUUUCACCUUCUUUUUAACCAUUUGUGAAAUAGAAGUAUUGAAUUAUCUUUGUACAACAAUUUUAUUCUUAAUUUUUUUGUUCACCUUAUUAUUCAAAAGAUUUUAUGAAGUAAACUACAAUAAAAAGAAGUAUUCGGUAUU